CAUAAGAAAUGUGACUCCUUCCGCGUUUACCUGCUUCUCGAAACACAGGAACAUUCACAAAUGGGCGUUUGCCAAUGAAGCGAACGGGACAUGAAUGAAAGUGUAUAUUUGUGUCCUUGCGCCGGUCAUAGGGAAAAACAAAGAAGAGAGGGGGAAAGAGACAAGGAAAGGGACAUGAGCUGAGAAAGUUUGACCGAAGAAAAGUCACUCAAAGUUUAGUUUUUGUUCAGCUGAAGUUGCCGUCUUCGCGUUUUUCACCAUGGGAUGUUGUAGCAGCACAGAGAGGAAACGUGACUGGAAACCGCUGGAGGAGCGCAGCUGCACGGAUAUCCCAUGGCUCAUCAUAUUCACACUCUUUUGUACUGGAAUGGUGUGUAUUUGUGGCUAUCUGAUCGCCACAGGAGCUGCCUCCAGGCUUAUCUCAGGAUAUGACAGUUACGGCAACACCUGUGGUCAGAAUAACACCAAGAUUGACGGAGUACCCCUCAGUGGCCUGGACAUGAAAGAAAAAAAGUAUGUUUUCUUUCUAGAGCCUUGCAACCUUGACCUCAUUAACAGGAGGAUCAAGUCCGUUGCCCUGUGUGUCUCCAAAUGCCCCGAUACUGAACUGAAGACACACAAUGAUUUAAAGAAGUUUGCUCUGAAUAAUGGCUCUCAUCUCUGUUCCUAUGAUGUUUCUCCUACAAGAUACACGAGCCAUUCAGAGAGAUUCACUAAAUGCCCCAAACUCCCUGUUUCACAAAGUAAGGCUAUCCCGCUGUUCCACCGCUGUAUUCCUGUGGAUAUCAGCUGCUAUGCUGAAUUUGCUCAGGCAUUCAUCACAUUUGUCAGUGACAACACUGUGCUGCGCCGGGUGAUUGCUGGGGUGAUGGCCAGCAAGGAGAUCAUCAUGGGCCUUUGUGUUAUGGCUUUAGUUCUGUCCCUGAUCAUGAUGGUCAUCAUUCGUUACAUCUCCAAAGUGCUGGUGUGGAUUCUAACGGUUCUGGUAAUCAUCGGCUCUAUAGGUGGGACAGGCCUCCUCUGGUGGCUGUACGCUGAUCACAGGAAUGCCCUUAAAAAUAACACCACAUCAGCAUUUGGGAACGAAGUGGCCUCAGACAAUGUCAAGGCCCUGCUUGUGUAUGCAAUUGGCGCCACAAUUUUCACAGUGGUUCUCUUGCUGGUGAUGUUCUUCAUGAGGAAGCGUGUGGCCCUCACCAUCUCCCUGUUCCAUGUGGCGGGUAAAGUGUUCAUCCAUCUUCCCCUGCUGGUCCUGCAGCCAUUCUGGACCUUCAUCUGCCUCAUGCUCUUCUGGGUCUACUGGAUCGCUGUACUUCUCUUCCUCGGGACUGCAGGGACGCCAAUAAAGAACAACUCCACAGGUGUGGUUGAAUAUCAAGUGCAAGGACCUCUUCAGUACUUGGUGUGGUAUCAUGCCGUGGGUCUCAUCUGGAUCAGUGAGUUCAUUCUUGCCUUCCAGCAGAUGACCAUUGCUGGAGCUGUGGUCACCUACUAUUUCACAAGGAAUAAGUCCCAGAUGCCAGCCACUCCCAUCCUUUCUUCCAUGGCACGUACCAUCCGCUACCACCUGGGCACUCUGGCCAAAGGCUCCUUCAUCAUCACACUUGUUAAGAUCCCUCGUCUCAUCCUAACAUACAUCCACAGCCAGCUCAAAGGAAAGGAAAAUGCCUGUGCUCGUUGCAUGCUGAAAGCUUGUGUCUGCUGUUUGUGGUGUCUUGAGAAGUGUCUGGCAUACUUGAAUCAGAAUGCUUACACUGCGACAGCCAUCAACAGCACCAGCUUCUGCACCUCCGCCCGUGACGCUUUCCUCAUCCUGGUGGAGAAUGCUCUCCAAGUGGCCGCCAUAAACACUGUGGGCGACUUUGUCCUCUUCUUGGGAAAGGUGCUCAUAGUCUCCUGUACAGCUUUUGCUGGCGUCCUGGCUCUGAACUACCAGAGGGACUACACUGUGUGGGUGCUGCCUCUCCUCAUCGUCUGUCUGUUUGCCUUCCUUGUGGCCCACUGCUUCCUUUCUGUGUUUGAAAAUGUGGUUGAUGUCCUCUUCCUCUGCUUUGCCGUGGACACAAAGUACAAUGAUGGAAGCCCUGGACGGGAGUACUACAUGGACAAGGCCUUAAUGGAAUUUGUUGAGAACAGUAAGAAAUUGGGUCGGUACAAGCCAGAUGAAGGAGAUGGACGGGAGAUGAAGUCAAUGGCACGUGGGGGGACUUUAGCUUGACCAAGUGUCAGAAAGACUGCCAAAACCACUAAAAAUCCUCUAAAGCUUAACACUCCAGGGAUAUCAGUAAGAUAAUACCUUUUUACAUAGAAGCUUUACACACCUUCAAUGAAAGAUGCAUUGAGUUUUAUUAUUAAGUUUGACACUAAUAGUUUUAUAGCAAAAGCUCAUUUGGGUUGGUGUUUGUUUGAUUGAUAAGGUGGAUUAGAUAGUCUUAUCUUUUUCUUAUAUACCCGAGUUUUCCCUUUUUAUUACAUUUUAAAUAACAAUAUUAAUGAUUUAACAUGGUUUAACAUGUUUGUUUUCCUUUUUGAGUAGUGUUGGCUGUAGUUUGAAUGGCUCAGUGUACAUUUUGAAAUGGAUAGCUAACUAUGUUUUGUCAAAGGCUCUUCAAGUUGUUUAUUACUUA